CCACCUGGAAAAUUCCCUCCAAAAGUCCCAAAAGCCCCGAGUCUCCAGCAAAAAUGUUCGCAAUUAUUCUCCAAACCUAGGAAUCAUGAAUUCUAGGCUAUUGAUUUCAAGAAUGAUGAUGAAAUAUUCAAGGGUUCUCAGCUACCCAUGUUUCUCCAAACCCACUACAACUAUGACCAUCAUCCCUGUAAAUCAUUCCCUCCAAAAUCAAAAUCCCAUCUUUUCCCACCAUCGGCACCCCAACCCAACAACAAAUUUCCGGUUUUUUUCUGCUUCUGUUCAAGGUAAAACCCCCUUGCAAAACCGCCCUACUCAUCAUCAUCAACAGCAUAAUCAUAAAAACGUGAAUAUUAUGGAACCCGCUGCUCCGGUGGGUGAAAUUCACGUAAUUGUGGGUCCCAUGUUUGCUGGUAAAACUACCACCCUUCUAAGGAGGAUUCAGACUGAGAGCACGAAUGGAAGAAGUGUUGCAGUAAUAAAAUCAAACAAGGAUACUAGAUAUGCAUUGGAUUCAAUUGUGACGCAUGAUGGAGAAAAAUUACCAUGCUGGCCAAUGGCGGAUCUUUCAUCAUUCAGACAGAAACUUGGUCCUGAGGCAUAUGAUAAGCUAGAAGUAAUUGGUAUAGACGAAGCACAGUUUUUCGAAGACCUUCAUGAUUUCUGUCGGAAAGCUGCUGACCAUGAUGGCAAGACUGUAAUAGUUGCUGGGCUGGAUGGGGACUAUUUAAGGAGAAGUUUUGGGUCCGUUCUUGAAGUUAUACCCCUUGCUGACUCUGUAACCAAGUUAACUGCUCGGUGUGAGCUCUGUGGUAAACGUGCUUUCUUUACAUUGAGAAAGACAGAGGAGACUGAAACAGAACUAAUUGCUGGCGCUGAAGUAUAUAUGCCCGUUUGUCGAAAACAUUAUGUUAGCGGACAAGUGAUCAAAGAAGCAGCAAAGAAGGUCCUCGAAUCUGAACAGGUUCCAUGUGCUGCAGUUUUAUAGUCCAAAGCUGCUCGUAUCUCAGCCCAGAAAUAUCAAAUCUAUAACUCAAAGUUGAGUGUACCCUCUCUGGUCCUAGAACGAACAGAUACAUCUAAAUGGACCAUUUCAGCCUCGGAUUUUUUUUUUUUGUUUACUAUAAAGUAAAGAUGUACAAGAUUUUGUAGCAUAUAAAAUGGUGUGAAACUCCUAUGAAUUUGAUA